AUGAAGGUGAGGGACAAUUUAAAUACUAUUUAUCGUAAAAGAAUUACGUUCUUGGUACACGAACACCGGGAGGCUUUAAAUUGUGCAGAACUUCUCGAGAAUACCUUUACUGUACCUUUCGCCGUACAAAUGUUCGUAGUGACUAUAGGAAUGAGUUUUACCCUGGUGCAAGCCACGCAACCGAACGGCGAGAUUUUAGAAUCAAUCAGAUACGUGUUGUAUAUCGUUGGUCAACUGAUCCAUUUAUUCUUUCUCAGCUACGAAGGACAGAAAUUGAUAGAUCACAGUCUUCAGACGAGCAAUAAGAUAUACAGUAGUUCCUGGUACGAGGUAUCUAUAAGAUCGCAGAAGCUAAUCGUGCUGGUGAUGAUGAGAAGUUUACGACCGAGCUCCUUGAGCGCCGGCAAGAUUUACGUUUUCUCCUUGGAGAGCUUCACCUCGGUAACGCACUCGGAAUUAUCGUAUAUGCAUUUGUUAUAG